CCGUGCUGUGUUCCCUUUGUACGAAAACUGGAAAAUAUUUCAUUUCGUAUCAAUAACGUUGACGAAAUGCUAAAAAAAUAAAACGAUAAAAUAAUUAAACAGGAACACUGCGAGAAAUUUUAUAACAGAAAUACAAAUGUCGAAUUGAUUUCGUUUGAUUGUGAUGAAAUCAGAAUUUCCAGAUUGUGUUGUUGGUUUUUGUGUACCUAUUAUAAUUAAUUUUGAUUGCAUAAAUUACCAACAUGCUCGCAUAUUAUUAUUUAAUUUCUACUUAAAAUGAGUGACGCCAAAGAGUCGGAUAACAAGAGUAUUGACUUCGAUCCAAUUUUGCCUGAUACAGGAGUUUUGUUUUAUGAGGAAUGUCCAUCAGACUAUGAGAUUGAGAAGCCUAAAUUACUACCACUGAAGACAAGCACACAAAUAAGAUUUGAGCAUCUUCAACACGAGGCAGCCAGAGCGUGGAGAGAGAGACAGAAAACCUCAAAGAAAAAUUUAUAGACAGUGACAAUGUAUUCAUUAUUUGUGAUAGAAUUAAUAGCCGCCUUUAUAUUGGCGUCUACUCUGUUGUAUAGAUAUGGGGACUGUUACAGGAAUCACAUAAUAGUUACUGUAUCAGUUCUAAUAGCAUGGUACUUCUCAUUUGUUAUCAUGUUCAUUUUGCCGUUGGAUAUAACAUAUACUAUCCAACGGUCUCAGGAGAAUGUGACACAGGUCGGCAAUAACACAACUACCCUCGCUCCACCCCUCAUUGACCCUGACCAGCAGUCCUGGAAGAAUAUAUUCCCAAACCUCUGGAGAGUGGUGUACUGGACAUCACAAUGCUUGACAUGGUUAAUAAUGCCAAUGAUGCAAUCAUACAGCAAGGCCGGCGAUUUCACUGUCAAAGGCAAACUGAAGUCAGCGCUGGUGGAUAACGCCAUCUACUACGGCUCGUACUUGUUCAUAUGCGGCAUUCUACUAAUCUACAUCGCUUUGAAGCCUGAUGUACAUCUUGAUGGGUCCAAAAUUAAGGCCAUAGCAUCUUCGGCAAGUAACACCUGGGGUCUGUUUCUCCUGAUCCUGUUGCUCGGGUACGCUCUGGUGGAGGUGCCGAGGAAUCUGUGGAACAACUCCAAGAAGAACUACACGCUGACCUACACUUACUUCAAGAUCGCUAAGCUUAGCACCGACAAGUGUGAGGCGGAAGAGUCUGUUGAUGAUAUUUUGGACUCUCUGAGCGCAGUGAACUCAGCAGUGGGCCCGGGCCACCCGCUGCAGCGGCACGUGGACACGAUCCUGCUGAAGCUGCCGGCGCAGCUGCGCGACCGGCUCAGCUCGCGCCCGCGCGCCCGCUCCCCGCAGCCGCCGGCGCUCAAGUCGCUCGUCAAUCUGCACAAGAAGACGAUCAAGGCUCUCCACGUGCUGCAAAGGACAGAAACCCAAUGGGGAUUGAUGUUAGAGCGUGUGUUCCACCUUGAAGACGUGUCGUCGAACCUGCGUUCCCCUGACGCGAGGUUCCAGCACACGUUCCCAACACCACGGCCGAGGCUGCAGAGGAUAUUCUACCCGCCUAUGCUGGAAUGGUAUUGGGAGUGCUUCUUCAAGCCACACUUCCUGAAAGCAAUGGCAGUGAUCACCUGCGUAAUGUCUGUGGCGGUGGUGUGGUCAGAAUUGACUUUCUUCUGCAAGACUCCAGUGCUAUCGAUAUUCGCUAACAUCGUCAACGCGGCGAAGUACAAUUGCAACUAUGCUGCAAUAGUGACAAUAUCGACGAUAAUAAUCGCGUACAUGUUCUACUGCGCAUACUCAACGGUCCUCAAGAUCCGUCUACUCAACUUAUACUACCUCGCCCCUCACCAUAUGACCAACGAAUAUAGUCUAAUAUUCUCCGGUAUGUUAGUCUGUAGGCUGACGCCGGCUAUGUGUUUGAAUUUCCUCAGCCUUAUCCAUAUGGACUCUCAUAUAAUCAAGGAGAGGAUUAUGGAAACGUAUUAUACGCAAAUAAUGGGCCACAUGGACGUCCUGGGCAUCAUAGCUGAAGGCUUCAACAUCUACUUCCCUAUGCUGGUGGUGGUACUAUGUCUGGCCACGUGGUUCUCCCUGGGCAGUAGGUUGUUGUCGUUUUGCGGGUUCCAGCAGUUUGUGGGCGACGACGAACUGACAACCGAUCUGGUUGACGAGGGACGAGAGAUUGUGAAGAGAGAGAAACGUAAGCGCCAGCGCAUUGAGGAAGCAAUCAACCGCCGCCGCGACCACAGCGAGAGGUACGCGGGCUACCUCGCGGGCAGGGACCAGCGCGACGGAGCCCACACGGGCCUUCUAAAUGACGUCGACUCAGAUUACUACGUAACUCCUAGUCCGGAACGAUCGAAUACUUCGUAUCAACGUGAAGCGCCGUAUAGAACGCAGACGCUUGAGGACGAACUGGAUCAACGAUUUGGAGAUAGCACGCAGACUGCUAUUAGGUCGGAUAGGAAUAAGAUGACUAUUCCGCCGAGGGGUUUAUUUGAUGAUGUUUAAUGUGCUUUUGUAUUGCAAUGACAAAGAAAAGUAUAGAAAAGUUGGCGAUAAACGAAUGAGAUAAAACAUGUCCAUAAAAUAGGGUAGUUGCCUGGGUUGUAAGGACGAAGAUUUGAGGGAGAAAUGAUAUCACCGGUUGCUCGAAUAAUACUGCCCUAUAUCUUAGAAUAACAUCAUAUAUUCUAACGUGACAUAAGAUAUACGAACGUGAUAAAAUAAAAUGUAUAAAUCAUCCUCAUCACACCAGUGUUAUGCUAACACUGGUGUCAGAUUCCAUCCAAGUCGCCCAAAGGCACUUUUACCACUACGUCACCGCCAUCUAGUGGCAAUAAGUCGCAUACACACUAGUGAACUAAACUGUUCACCAGUGUGCAGGUUUCCUCACGACGUUUUCCUUCACCGAGUAAAAUGUAAAAAUGCAUUGACACAAUGAAACUUGAUAAUCAGUCACUUUAAUUGAUCAAUUUUAUUCCGUAAGAUUUACUAUUUUUAGUUCUCAUUAAAGUAUAAUUUAAAUGUUUGUUGACUCCAAGAUUUCGCACUAUUAUAUAUUGUUUUUUUUUAAGACUCAUGGAAAAAAGUAUCUAAUUUGACUCGAUGGCAACUUCCCUAUUUCAGGCCUAUCUCAUACAAAAUGGCAAACGGCGCUGUAUUAACCCUCUGUGCCGUAUCUUCUAAUAUGUGUUUCUCAUUCGUGUAUGAGCGAAACAAAACAUAAAAUAAUGUCUACAGUUUUCUCUGUCUGUACGGUGUAAUAUUUUUUCGGUCAGAAUUGAAGAUGUUUAAUGCUUUGUAAUUGUUGCGGUAAAUUGCAAAGUUGUUUGAACUUCAAAGUAUAUGAUGUAUUUGUUUGUUUUGUACUUUAUAUCAAUGACCGUAAAGUUUAUUAUUCCAAGUCAUUAAUUUUCAUAAUAAGCCAUGAAUACGAACUAAAGUUGUGUUUAAAGUAAUAAUAGUGCUAUUAAUUUAUAUUUAUUGACAAUUCAAAAAGUCUAUCUUGUCGUUGGUAUUAUAUGGAACGGAUUUUUUAUAAAUAAAUAAAUGAUUGAUUUUCCAAAUUUUAAUGAAAUCAUAACUUGAAUGUGUAUUCGGGCCCUACAUCACGAAAACUUCUCUCGAUAUUUUAUCUGUAGACAUUUUUAAUUUAUUUGACACGUACAAAUAAAACAUAUUGAAUUCUGUAUUAAGAUGUAAAGUACUCGAGAUAUCAAUUCUACGUAACACUAAAUAUACCUAUUAUAUAUUAUCUAUUGAAGAGAAUCCGCACAUUUUUCAUGUACACAUAUGUAAUAUAGAUCUAUAUAUUGUGAAAUAUAGGUAUAGAUGUGUUAGUCACGAAGAUGCCUUGAUAUCAUAGUCUUCAAGGACCGUAGCUACAAAUUUUAUUAAAUAGCAUGAUGACGUAUUUUGUACAUAUGCCGCUGUUUGUCUAUGGCGGCAGUGAUUCAUCAUCUGAGAAGUGGGACCGGAGUAUUGAACUAUACACAAAUCUUGGCAAUGUAACCUCUAUUCCCGUGCGAUAAAUUAUAAUAUAUUUCUAAAAAUAUUUCUUAUAUCCUCAUUUUCUGUGACUAUUGCUAAAUGUCUAAAUCUGGGCCUUUAUGAAUUAUGUCCAGAGAUGGUUUUACACAAAUACCAUCUAUGAUUGAGUCCUUAGAAAACGGUAAGACACGCGUCUACCGCAACGCUCCCACUCGACAAGACAACGUUCAUUGAAAAAUCAGCUUUAAAGCCAUACUUUACAUCGACAAGUCCACAGCAGUCUGGCAAUGUUUGUCAUUGAAAAGAAUAUCUACAGACGACGUUUUAAAGCUCACUUCUCAAUGAACGUGAUCUUGCCGGGUGGGAGCGGUUCGGUAGAAGUGUGCUAUGAGCUUUAGCCGUUUUUUGAGUAGACUGGAAAUGCUUGGGUUAUUUAACCUUAAAAUAAAUAUAGAAUGUAAAUUAUGGAACGUAUUCAUUAGGAAUAGAAGAUAAUAAAUAACGCAAAUAAUAUGUGUGAAUGGGUGUAUCUGCAAGGUGUUGUGUACAAAAUGCUUCGUCCAUUGAUUUAAGUAUUCUGUAAGGGUAAGCGUUGGAUAUAUUCACUAAAUUAAUUGUUACAUUACUUGCCAUGGUUAUGGAAACGAUGUAAUUUAUAAUGUAAUUUUAGACGAAAUUGUGUAGGGUUUUCUGUCGGUGAAAUAUUGUUCUUUUGUAUUCUUGUAUGUAAAAUUUUGAUCAAUUACGACUAUAGCCUAUGUCAAAUUAAAAAAAAUCUCGAUAUAAGUUAGCACGCUGAAAGUCAGCGUUAUGUCUUUAGAGACCAAAAUAUGCAUAUUAGAUGAUUCGGCCACUUACCAUUAUUACCUUGCGAGAACUGUAAUUUUUAUUUAUAGAUGCGCAUGCGCAUUUUGACACAUUGUGACUGCCCUCGAUAAGGUACCUUUUCUCGUGGAACGAUAUAUUUUACGAAUAAGGCUUUAAGACUUUUUUGUAAAAGUAUAUGAAGCAGUAGGUCAUAAAAUCAGAACAUGCCUGCAGUAAUAGGUGCAUAUUUUAAGGCUUGAAAGUCAAUUCGUAAUAUUAAAAUAUUUUCGUAUUAUAUAUACGUUGCUGGCUACUUUUGUGAGUUUUAACCUUGAAUAUUAUUUGGGGUCGGCGUAUCAACAAUUUUAUUGCUUUUUUAUAGUUUUAUAUCGAGUUAUUUAUAUAGGAUCGUGUUGAAUAAGCCUAAAUUGUAAUAAAAGUACAAAAUAAAACCCAACAGCUACCUUUAUUUAGCACAUCGGCAACUUUCUCACAUGUAUAUUUAAUACAGUACUAGAUUUUACUUCAUAAGUACUAUUGAUUUCACGGCUUAUUAAAAUAAUGUUUAUUCUUAGUCAUAUCUAUAAUAAUCAUGUAAAUAAAAUAUUUUAUAGCGUAAAUUAACAAUUUUGAAGCACAUCUUACUUUAGUUUUUUUAUUUAUUCUUAGGGUGAGUUGCACUGUCAAAUGUGACGUUAAUUUUAACCGGCGUGCCACUGACGUUUUGACAAAAUGGCGUACUUGACGUUAAUGUUGACGGUGCAACCCACUUUUUAAACUUCUCCGCUAAUAAACACAGUUUUGCUUUAAUCUUAAUAUAUUCUAAUUUUAAUGUACAGUUAUAUUUAUUAUUUAUGGCGUAAUGCAAGUGUUGUUUCAUUCCAUAAUUUUAUUUGAUGCAGUUGCAUUAAACGAUGUGAUAAAUUAAA